AGAUAAAAGUCGAAUAAACAGCCGCUUUCCAAUUUUCAUAUUCUAAUUACGUGCAGCAGAUGAAAUGUUAAAAGCCGAGCGUGAGGGGGAAAUCUAGCAGACGACAAGGCGCAGUUAAAGCGAACAGGACUGAGCUAGUCGAGUCUAUUUUUAUAUCGCCUCAAUUGCCUCUAUGAAAGAUAGCCAUCUGAAUGAGAUUAGUCAAUAAAUAACACGCAUCCAAGGAAUUCUUUAACAUUUAACAUCUGGCCGACUACUAGCUCAGCCGUUAGUGUAAACAGCACACAGCGAGCUGGCAGUUCAUAUCACUUGCUCAACGAUGGCGGGCUUACUAUCCACCUGUGAAUCUCCGUGUUCACCAACACCGUGCGUCCAGCUGAGAGGAAACCUGUCCACGGAUAGCAGCUCUCCGGACAAGUUAACCUCGCCCACGGAUACACCUAGGAAAAAUAAGAGAAAACUUAGUGAACCGAGGAAGAGGAGUGAUUUUAGUAUUAAGAGAUUUUGCCCUGAUAGCCCGGGUAGUGCUAUGUCUCAUAGUGGUUCGGGUAGUGAGGAUUAUGAGCCGAUACAGGAGGAUCCGCCCGACACCCCCGAACCGUGUCACACCUUUGCUUCUGAUCUCGACGAUUCUUCUCAAGGACUCGGACCUCGGGAUGAAGUGAACCACCUGUCUCAGUUUUAUAACGGGGUACAUGCCAACUGUAUUGUGCCAAAUUUAUAUUAUGGAAAACCGAAUUUAACCCAUAAUGGAUUAUUACCACAAUUAAUGGACGAUGGAUUAGUGAACGGAUUAAAGAGGGGUCGGUUAGAUAAGGGUUCGCGUAGUGGAGUUAAAAAUGCUCCAAGUAUUGGCGAAGAGGCGGACGAAGAAUCAAUGAUGUUUAGUGACAGUAUCGGUAAACGAAAUCGAAAGAAUUAUAAAAAUAUGACUCGAGAGAGACGAGUGGAAGCUAAUGCCAGAGAGAGAUCUCGUGUUCACACAAUUAGUGCUGCUUUUGACAGUUUACGGCGAGCUGUACCGUCUUAUUCUUAUAAUCAAAAACUCUCGAAGUUAGCCAUAUUACGAAUAGCUUCUAGUUACAUAAUGGCUUUGUCGAGUUUAGCCGACGAAGACGCAAAACCUACUACAAAUUUUGCGGAAUGUGUGGAUAUGUGUACUCAGACUAUUCAAACUGAAGGCAGAGCGAGGCGGAGACAUUAAAAAUAAUACUAGACAAAUUUAAUUAUUAAAGCUAUACAUCUAGCUUAGUGGAAAGUUGUUAAUUAUUGUUAUUGAUUAAUUCUGAUAUUAUAACUGUGAUAAUUAAUGUAAUCGGCAAUCAAACAUAAUAUUAUUAUACCAUUUUUUGCUCUCUCUCUCGCUCUCUCUCUCUCUCUCUCUCUCUCUCCGAAUUCUAUGAUAUUGUAUUAUUAAUCCGCUGGAAUUAUAUUUCACAACUUAUUUAAAUUGGUGUCAAGGAUUGCAUUGUUGACUUUGGUGGAGUCUUUUUCGUUUAAUUAUCUUAUCGACGCAAGUUUUCUCUGGCGUUUAAACCAUCUGGCAACCAAGCGAGUUGUACAGGGCUUGUCACCGAGAGAUAAGUACAUGACGUGCUUCAGCUAGUUUGGAGUGGUGGAGAUAACAAAAUUAUAACACAGCUGGCCUUUUUUACCACUUUAUAUAUUAUGUGAAGUGAGAUAGCUUACAAUCGUCGCUAGCCAUUUUAUUUAGGUCUCACUACAAACUCACAUAUAAAAAGCUGUUUCUUCAGAAAUAUUUGAUUCACGAUGAUGCGGAUGAAGGAAAUAAAUGAAAAAAAUUGUUUAAACCGAUAAAACUAACCCUAUGACCUGAAAGACAAGGAAAAGAAAAAAAGCUUUAUCGUGACUUGUAAUAAUAGUAGAUCUUAAUACGGUCAGGUCUCCAUAUUGUCUUAUGGUAUUAUCUCAGUAUUGUUAAAGUUGUAGAUUACUCAACUGUCAGUCAGCACUUUUAAAACAAAUAAAGUGCUUAUUUACUUUUUAUGAAUAUGUCCCUAUUAUUAUUUAUGGGGAUUUUUGUAUAACGGCCAGUUUGUAUAUUACAUUAUGUUACGAAAAAGUUUGAAUAAUAUUUUUUUUUUUUUUUUUGGUAAUUUUUAAAUAUGUUGCCUUUCUGUGAUAAUCUUAUUAAUAAUUUACUGUCACUUUAAAAAGUAGUAUAUAUUAAUUGUUCUCUUACUCGCACUUAGAAAAAAGUGGUUAUUAGCACUGAAUACAGCUAUCAUUACGAUUCGUACUAAUUUCAACUCUUUAACUUCAAAGAAGAAUGUCGUGUGUGCUUUAAUAUAGAUAUAAUAAGCUGCACUUUUUGUUACUUAUAAUAGAAUAGCUUAAAGUGGCCAUUACACUUUAACACUUCAUAUUUUGUUCGUACAAGUAGAAUAUCCAUCUGUAUAUUCUUAAAGAAUAGAAAAUAAAUUGUGAGGUGUAUGUGAAAAAAAAUUAGCAAAUUAAUCUUUAUCACUGUGUAUUGGUCACUUGAACUAGAUUUUCAGAAUCUGUAAUUGUUCCUUUAAGAUAAAAUAAACCCUGUGAACUAGUUUUAGAGAGUGUUAAACAGCAGUUAAAGAUAUUAAAAUAUAUAUAUGUAUAUAUAUUAUAUAUGUAAUAUUACAGAUUUUUCAUGUUUUCAACUUCAAAAGCCUGUCCUGUAACCGAACACUCAACAACCCCCAAAUGUACUUGUUAUUCAACAUAUUGUUUAUUCUUUAAUCCUCUUAUUAAAACACGUGACUAAUGUUCUGUUUUCUAUCUCAUUGAAAAAAUAUUAGACAUAAAAAUAAGGCAGCAGAAACAACUUGUGUUACUAUAACAGCGUCGGCUAAAAAUCGAUUAAAUCGUAAUAAUAAGAUUAAUCGUUAGAUACUUUGGCAUCUGGUGUGCCCAUUUCUAAUCCUUCCCGCCAUGUCUCGUAUUAAUCAAAACACUAUUUAUCCUCUGAUACGUCAUUAUUAAUACCCGCCCUUCAGGUAAGGAUAUAUCACCCCAAUUUUAUUAUGUAUUUAGUAAUUCUUAAAAGUUUGCAUAAGAAGUUUCUGUGCUGUCCCAAUUUGUUCAUGUAUCGCCAUUUUUGUUACGUUUGCAUAUAAAAUGUUGUUUAUUCAAAA